AAACAGAGUCAUUCAAGAAAAUGCAGGAAACUGUGGUAAUAGUGGUAGGAGCAGGACCUUCAGGACUUGCAACUGCAGCUUCCCUUAACGUCCUCUCAAUACCCAACAUAGUUCUUGAAAGAGAAGAUUGUUUUGCUCCCCUCUGGCAGAAAAAAUCAUAUGACCGCCUUCAUCUUCACCUCCCUAAGCAAGCCUGUGAGCUCGCUCACAUGCCUAUGCCCACUUCUUAUCCAACAUACCCCUCCAGACUUCAGUUCAUACAGUAUUUGAGGGACUAUGUCUCUCACUUUGGUAUAAGUCCUGUGUACCAUAGAUUGGUGGAGUCUGCAAGUUUUGAUGAAGUCACUGAAAAAUGGAAGGUUAAGGUGAGGGUUAUUAAUGGUGGCUCCGAUGAGAUCGAGGAGUAUUCCUGUCGGUUCCUGGUGGUGGCUAGUGGGGAAACCAGCGAUGCGUUCAUCCCGGAGGUUGAGGGGUUGAGUAGUUUUGAAGGAGAGGUUCUGCAUUCGACUCAGUAUAAGUGUGGAAAAGAGUAUGCUGAGAAGACUGUUUUGGUUGUUGGAUCUGGGAAUUCAGGCAUGGAGAUUGCAUUAGACCUCUCAAAUUAUGGAGCCAAGACCUCAAUCGUUGUUCGCAGCCCGGUUCAUAUUCUUUCCAAGGAGAUCAUGCAGCUGGGGCUGUUUCUAGCAAGAUAUCUUCCCUUUAACAUGGUGGAGUAUUUGACUGUUAUGCUAAGUAAGAUUAUGUAUGGAGACUUGACCAAAUAUGGCAUAAGCAGGCAUGAAGAGGGUCCCUUUACUGUGAAAGCCAAGUAUGGAAAGUAUCCAAUUAUUGAUCUCGGAACCUACAAGAAGAUCAAGUCCGGUGAGAUUCAGGUUUUGCCAGCACUGACAAGCAUCAGAGGCAGUGAAGUGGUAUUUAAGAACGGCGAGUCACAUCCAUUUGAUGUAAUAGUCUUCGCCACUGGCUUCAAGAGAUCAACAAAUAAGUGGCUUAAAGAUGAUGACCUUUUGGAUGAUAAUGGGUUUGCAAGGCUCAUGCCUCCUAACAACUGGAAGGGAAAGAAGGGUUUAUAUUGUGCCGGAUUGGCCGGAAGAGGCUUGACUGGAGCUCGUGUGGAUGCAGAGAAAAUAGCAAAUGAUAUUAAGACACUACUGUAAUUUACUUUUAUAGCGCAUAAACCCAGAUGGAUUUGGAUGAGAAAAUUUGGUGUAUUUUUAUUUCCUCUUUGGACAGAAUCAUAAAAAUACUUAAAUAAGUACCAUUUCCAGAGGACCCAACAU